CGGCUCUGUGCGAGAGAGCUUCACAGAGAGCGGGAGAGAGAGCGACGCGCAGCACAGCGGACGGGUGGAUGACUCAGACAGACAGUCAGGAUGCGUGAAUAUAAACUGGUUGUUUUAGGAUCAGGAGGCGUCGGGAAGUCAGCGCUGACGGUCCAGUUCGUUCAGGGAAUCUUUGUGGAGAAAUACGACCCGACGAUAGAAGACUCGUACAGGAAGCAAGUGGAGGUGGACGGGCAGCAGUGCAUGCUGGAGAUCCUGGACACGGCUGGAACAGAGCAGUUCACGGCCAUGAGGGACCUGUACAUGAAGAACGGCCAGGGCUUCGCUCUGGUUUACUCCAUCACUGCUCAGUCGACCUUCAACGACCUUCAGGACCUGAGAGAGCAGAUCCUGAGAGUGAAGGACACCGAGGACGUUCCCAUGAUCCUGGUGGGGAACAAAUGCGACCUGGAGGUGGAGCGCGUCGUGGCCAAAGAGUCGGGCGUCGGCCUCGCCCGCCAGUGGAACUCCUGCGCCUUCCUGGAAACGUCGGCCAAAAGCAAGAUAAACGUCAACGAGAUCUUCUACGACCUCGUCCGGCAGAUCAACAGGAAGACUCCCGUUCCAGGAAAUACUCGCAAAAAGCCCGUCUGCCAACUUCUCUAAUGACAGUUCCGACUGGACCGACAACCUUCAAGCCAACCAAUCACAGAGCAUCUUCCAGCUGGCCACGCCCCUUUAACACAUCAUCAAUAUCAGCCACUGCUAAACCCCGUUACCGUGACGACCACGUCCCAUCCCCUCAGCGGAGACUGUUGCCUUGGAAACAUGAAAAAAUCCCAGAAAAACAUCCGAUGCUGAUGACAGUGAUGGAGGAGGGCGGGCUUUUCCAAACAACUUCCCAGAUUAAAACUCCAGUUCCCAUCAUGCUCUCUGCCGAGGCUCUGCUGGGGGAGCCGCCUACAACUUUUUAUUUUCAUCUUUUUUGUUUCUUAUCAUUUCUUUUACUUUCACUUUUUCUUUUCCAGCAUUUUUUUUCUAAUUCAACCGCAUGCAGCUUGACCGUCGGCCAUCUUGGCACUGUGGUUGCCACGGUGACGGCUGUCUGUGUGUACUGCUCUGGUUAAACCUGUGGAUCCUUAUAGUGGUUAUUAUUAUUAUUAUAGCAGUGCUUAUUAUUAUAAUUCUGUGUAAAAAGAAAAAAUAUCUAAAGUCAGUUGAUGUUUUUUAGUUUAAAUUUCUGGGUGGGCGGGGCAAACGGUGUGCAGCAGGUCAUAGGUCAGCUCACUGUGUUGCUAAAGUUCAAACCGGUUCAGUUCAGAACUAAAAGCUUCAUCAAGUGACGAAGCAGCAGUUUAAAAUCCAGGUUUCAAUAAAGCUGAGUGAAUCAUGUUCGUGUUGUUCCACACAGGACACGCGUCACUAUCAAUAAAAAAAUCUAUUUAUAAAUGUAAGUUUAUUGAAGCAGAGCAGCUGUGAUUUAUGGUUCUUCUGGAUUCAGAUUUAUUGGGAAACUGAGAAGAGAAAUAGGAAAAUGUGUGAAUUAUGGAAGGUUUGUUGGUGAAUUCAGAUUUUUUGCUUUUGAUGGCAUUUUAGCUGUAGCAUUAUUCCAAAGAAAUAAUUGAUUUAGCUAGAAGGUAUGCUAACAGCUUUCUUCUGAUUCAGUAUAAGAUAAAUUUAAGAAUAAUUAUAAUGUAUAAAAUAAUUAAUUGCUAUAAACACUAUUGCUCCACUAUUUGGGAGGUAUUAGCUUCAUAAAAUAAAACAAAAUUAAAUGCUACAUAGCUAGCCUGAAACAUUAGCGCUGCCUUUAGCUUUUAGCUAAAUUAAUUCAACAUUAUCUUUCAGCUCUUGAAGCUAUUUAACUUUUAAGAUCUAGUUGCUAAAGUUACUAGCUACUGCCACUUAAAGCUAAUUGCUAAUGUUAGCAUUAAUGCUAAUACUAGCUUUAAUUACUAACAUUAUGCUCUUGAAGCAACUUAAUGAUAACCUUUAAGCAUUAGUUGCUAAAGUUGCUAGCUACUGCCACUUAAAGCCAAUAGCGAAUGUUAGCAUUAAUGCUAAUACUAGCUUUAAUUAUUAACUUUAGUCUCUUGUAGGUAGGUAAAAGUAUAUACAACCAAUGAAACUAUUAGUUUUAAGUAAUGUUGGCAUUUGCUGUUAGCGUGAAGUGCCUGUCGCUGAAGCUAAUUCUAAAAUUAGUUGCUAGUAAGUUAGCAUUUGCAACCGUUCUGUGCUUAUUUUCUAAAGUUUUCUUUUUGUUGAGUAAUAUUUGUACGUUGCUGUAAACUUGUGAAUAAAUAUCAGUUGAGGAAUAAAAAAUAUUGAUGAAAAGGUGAAGCUAGUGAGUUGGCGAACGUGUUAGCAGCACAGUGAGCUCAGUCAGAACCUGCUGUGGCGGUCGAACAUGUUGCCUUCAGACAGCAGACUCACACUGGUCCAGAAUAUUUAUUUGGGAAGAAUAGCUGAGAUGGAGUUACAGAAAACAGAAAAAAUGUUUGUAGUUUGGGUUUAAAAUUCAUUCCCCAGGUGAGGAUUUGGCCUGUGGAGCUGCACAGUUGGUGAACAGCAGGUUAUUUUUGUUUUUAAUGAGCGUGGUGGCGUUACAGAACCAGUAUGUCGGACCUCUGUGAGUUCUGCUGCGGUGUUGUACUGUGGUACACAGCGCGGUACUGCUGCCAGUAUUCUGCUUCUCCUCCAGUACGUUCAGUCAUGUAGCAUGUUGAUGUUCAGUAAGUAGUCAGUCUGACCUCCAGGAGGUGCUGUGACGGUUUGCAUGCCAGUCAGAGGAGGCGGAGGGUCUGUUUGCAGCCGUGGUGAUCGGACCGCUAUGUUUCUGCCAGUAGGGGGCGACAGCGUGCUUAAACAGAAUCUAACACAUUGUCUCGUUUUUGAGUGCUUGGUAAUUUAAUUUUCCCGGCUUUCUAAGAAUGUGUUUUAUAAAUGCCUAUGAAUGUCCUUUUACCUCUUUGCAGCUACUUUUACAGUGAUUUCCUCGGAUGUUUCAGUUCGUUGGUGUGUUCUGCGGGAGCCGUGGCUGCAGGCGGACCUUUCCGGCCUCCAAACGUCGGGCUGCAGGGGCUUUCGUCAUUUGCCAAACUCAGAUUCUGGAUGUCCGUUUGGAAAUCUCUUUGUUUUAAAGAAUAUUGAGGCCUUAACAGUAGUGGUUGUACUAAUAAUUAGCAUUUUUCAUUUGUGGGGUUUGUAAAAAAAUGUAAUAAAUGGAAUAAAACUUUGUGAUGUAGCUAUAAGCAGAUAUGUUUGUGUGAUGCUUUCAAAGAAAAUGUAACAAAAGUUCAAAUGGUGUGCAAUAAUAAACUUCUCCUGUCCAUUUAUCUGCUUAAACCAACAUUACAGUGUUUUAUGAACCAUUUUAUACGUUUGAUUUAAAUUGUUGGAAUCCCCCUAAAACGCUCACCGUUACGCUGAAGUGACGAUUGCAACUGCAGCUAAAUGCAAAGUGGAAAAAGUUCCCCAUGAUUGAAAGAACGUCUUUUUUUUCUUUCUUUUUUUUUACACUGUAUGGCAUAGUGACCAGUGAAAUGUAAAAGAAACCAGUUCAGCCGGUGAACCGCCAGGCUGGAGCUGGUAUGAAGGUCAUCUGAACUUGUUUCUUCAUUCCAGAAACCCGCAGCAGCAGAGAGGCAGCAGAGUGGAGGGGGGCGAAGCCAAAUGUAAAAACAAAACAAAACUAAGAAGCCUUAAAUGAAUAAAACUGGUGCAAUUUUGUAACAGAA